AUGAAGACACUUCUGGUUGGGCUCCUGCUUGGCCUGGCAUUCAUGGAGUUGGCCCAGUCCCUACGAUGUUACACGUGCAAGGAACCAACGGACAUUGAUCGGUGCAGAACAGCCACCCUGUGCCCCCCGAAAGCCACCGUGUGCACCACAACGCUGCACUCUGUAGACUCGGGUUACCCCUUUUUCGGCAACAUCACCGUCACCAGAAGCUGUGAGGAGGAAUGCCUCGCCUAUAACGGGAUAGGGGCAACCAGACCCAAGUCAUGCUGCUACACCGACCUCUGCACCGAUGACACCAAGAGCAGCAAUGGGGUGGCAAGCAGCUCUGCAGCGCUGGGUCUGAUGGCCAUGGUUUUUGGGACGGUCCUCCAGUGUGCUCUGUAA